AUGCUUAGAAUACGCGGAGGCUACGUGCGGAGGAAAGUGGAAGGAAUGGUCAAGGACCGACUCAAGCCAUCAAUCGAUGGUAUCGUCCUUUAUGUGCUCAAACACCCCAAACAGAUGGCCGACAUGCAAUAUCAAGUAUAUCUUCCCCCAGAGAUCCUUCUACGCAUAUUCGCAAACUUGAACGCUGCGUCGAAUGCAACCAACGCGAGGGUCUGUCAUGCGUGGUCUGAACCCGCAUUAGACCUCGUCUGGCACACCCUCCACGACUGGACAGCUCCUUUGGCAGCCUUAGUUGGAACAACGCCCCUCGAAGGCCAGUCCACUGCCUUUGGACAGCAGAAAAGGAAAUUCUCUCGCCCAAUCAGUCCGAAAGAGUGGUCCAUCUUUCUACACAACUGCCACCGAGUGCGCUGUAUUCGUUACUACGACGACACCGUCUGGUCCGACCAAUCCAUGCUAGAAAUUGCGUCGACUCGUCCCACAGACCCUAUUUUCCCUAACCUACGGAUGCUCACCCUUGGAACACACCCGAAGCCGCACUUCACUCCGUACAUCAUGCACCAUACCGUCUCAGGGAUAGAUAUUGAGAUUGAAUGUAUAGAGAACUUCUCCUGGACCGUGCCCCAUAUCGUCUCUCGCAUGCCGAACAUUACCACUCUCAACCUUACGUCUGGAAAGCCUAUGGAGUCUGUGGAACACAGCCUGGAAGGUCUCUUGCAGUAUCUUCCCAAACUUGAAACUCUCACGCUCUCGCUUUAUUGUCUGUUAGCAUCCGCUUUCUCUGCUCUGUCCUCUCACGAGAGCGUCCGUGUCAUCAAGUGGCGGGGGGCGGAUGAUGAUGAUAUAUGUGGAUCCCCCUUCGAUGUUCUUCACUUUGCACCUGUCCUGGAAGAGCAUUCCUUCCCCGCAUUGAAAGAGCUACAAUUCGCCGCCACCGCCGCUGACGCAUCGACCCUCAUCUCCCAGCCUCACUUCCGGUCCAUUGACCUUACAUCUUUGUGCGUGCGCACUGUCUUCCUCGACGACAAAACCAACGACAAAAUCCGGGCUCUCCUGACCUCAAUUUCCGAAGUAUGCACUUCACUCGAACGUCUCGAGAUUGCUGCCGUUGCGACGAAGCUCGACGAGGAUAUCUCGGAGGAAAUGAACCUAUUACCUCCUGUGACCUUCUCCGAUAUCGCAUCCCUCACUCGCAUGCGAAAUCUGAAGGUGUUUAUCUUCCAUACCCUCCACCCUAUCAAAAUGACGGACGAGAACGCCGAAUAUCUUGCGUCUUGUUUGCCAGGCAUCGAAGAGCUCUGUCUCAAUGUCUACCCCUCAUUUGAAUCACCGCCGACUCUCACCCUUCAUUCCCUCACUCCCUUCGCGGUCCAUUGCCCCAGUCUCACGCGGCUCGGUCUAUAUAUGAAGACAGACUUCCCUCAUGGCUCCCGCAGCUCGCUGCAGCUUCCAUGUCCCUCCGUGCGUGCCAAUUCCACGAGUCUUCAGAUCCUCGACAUCGGUCAUGCCAGCCAUUUCACUACCGACCCGCGCGACAUCCCUCCCAUCUGCGAUUUCCUCUUUUCCGUACUUCCCGCAGGCUGUGUCGUCAAGGUAGCCUACGAUACCCAGAUGGACGGAAAGGAUGGAACAUAUUUAGCCGACGAGCCGGAGUGGGCUAUGGAUCGUCGAUUUGACAGUUCUAGUAAGGAGAAUUACUCGUUUUGGGGUGGUGUAAAUGGGACCUUGAAGUUGAUGGAGAAGACGAGGGCGGCGGCGAUCGAGAGUCGUAAGGAGGAGAUGGAGAACUUGAAGGAGAGCGAGUCCAGGGCAUCUGUUCUGUAUAUCGUCUACAUCGGCGGAAUGUCCCAAAGUAUCAACGCGCCAUCACUCCUAGCCGUAAGCAUAAACUUCCCGUCCCUCGAUAUUGCCCCUACCCCAACGAUCCCCGAAAGGUGGUUGCGGGUCGUUCGACGGUAUCGUGAUCAUGCGUACUCUGGAACCAGUCGAGCUGCACAUGAGCUCUUGAUCGUCCGCCGUGAAGAUCAUCACAUCGAUCCUUAUAGGCAUAUACUUGGGAAUACUAGGAAGUGGUGGAAGGAUGUGUCGUUGCCACUGAGAGUCGAGGUCGAGGAUGUAUACGGAUCCGUCAGCAUCACCUGUCGCGAGGGCAUGGUCCUUUUGGGAGAAGGCGACGGCGGUGGCAGGAGCAAUUAG